AUGGGACGCCUUACGACGGUGUUCUCGGCCGUGUUUCUGGCCAUAGGAGGUUUCCUUUUUGGCUAUGAUUCCGGUAUCAUCACGUCCACCAUCGCACUCGAUACGUUCAAAGAAUACUUUACGAACCCAUCGGACACCGUCACCGGCGGCAUUGUCUCAGCUUUCCAAGGAGGCGCCAUUCUAGGCACCAUCAUCAAUAUGAUGUUUGCCAACUGGAUGGGUCGACGCCACACCAUCUUUGUGGGAUCUUUGGUGUCGUGCCUUGGUUCCGCCUUGCAAGCUGGUGCCGUUAACAUGGUCAUGUUGAUCAUCGGACGAUUCAUCGGCGGCAUGGCGGUAGGCAUGGUCACCUCUACGAUCCCUAUGUACGCAUCCGAAUUGUCCGAGGCCAAAUAUCGUGGUGUUUUGUCCGGACUGUUGCAGUGGAUGUUAAGUUGGGGUUUCUUCGUCGCUCAGUGGCUGGGAUAUGGCUGCUCCUUCAACAAGACCGCAUUUUCUUGGCGAUUCCCCCUUGCUUUUCAAGCCGUCCCCGGUAUUAUUCUCGUCGGUGGCGUAUAUUUCCUGCAGGAAUCCCCUAGAUGGCUCAUGGAGAGGGAUCGUCAUGAAGAGGCUCGCAAGUCUUUGAACAAGCUGCGCAGCGGUGUCGACGAAGACACAAUCGACCUCGAAUUCCGCGAGAUUCGCGAUGUAAUUCUCGCAGACAGAGCCGUCGGCGAUGUCUCAUGGAAAUCCAUCAUCACCAAGCCGUCGUGGAGAAAGCGUCUUCUCUUGGGCUGUGGCAUCCAGGCUUUUGGUCCUCUCAGUGGUAUCAACGUUAUCAACUACUACGGCCCGCGUAUCUACGAGAUCCUCGGAAUCGAGACCCAAGAAUCCCUCAUGAUCAUCGGCAUCAGCGGUGCGCUGUCCAUCGUCUACUGCACCAUCGGCUUGUGGAUGCUGGACCGCGUCGGCAGAGUCAAGCCCUUGAUUGUGUCGGCCGCCGGUUUGGGAGCGUCAUUGCUCGUGAACGCUGUGCAAGCGCAGUACAUCAACGAGAACAACACCAACCAACUGCGCAGCAUGGUCGCCAUGAACUUCGUGUUCAACAUGUUCUACACCCCGCUUGGCAUCAUCAGCUGGGUAUACCCUGCCGAGAUCUUCCCUGUGGAAGUGAGAGCACUUGGAAACGCGAUCACGACCUUCACGAACUGGACCGUCAACCUCGUGUUCGCCCAGUUCUCGCCUCAAGCCUUGACGACUAUUGGCUUUAGGUACUUUUACGUCUUCUUCGUCUUUAACCUUAUUGCUAUGCUCUGCUACAUCUUCUUCUACCCCGAGACUAAGGGUAGAACGCUCGAGCAGAUGGAUGAGCUGUUUGGUGAUCAGCUUGUACCUCACGCCAUGCAGGACUCCGAGGGCGCGGCAGCCGCUGUGGCCAAGGACGAGAAGCUGGUUGAGCAGCUCGAUCGUGUCUGA